UAGCUUGGGAACGCGGGGCUGCCUCCCAGUCCUGCGAGCUGCACCUUGCACCAGGGGCUAGGCGUCCAGCGAGGAGGGCGCGGCGUCCUCAGGUCAUUCCAGAAAGAUGAGGAUAUUUAACAUCUUUGCCUUCGUAGUCCACUGUCAUUUGCUGAACGCAUUUACUAUCACAGUACCCAAGGACCAGUACGUGGUUGAGUAUGGCAGCAAUGUGACUAUUGAAUGCAAAUUCCCAGUAAAAAAGCCAUUAGACCUCAAUUCACUAUUUGUCUACUGGGAGAUGGGGGGUAAGCAAAUUAUUCAGUUCGUGCACGGGAAGGAAGACCCGAAGGUUCAGCAUGCUAGUUACAGGCAGAGAGCCCGACUGUUGAAGGAUCAGUUCUACCAGGGAAUUGCUGCGCUCCAGAUCACAGAUGUGAAACUUCAGGAUGCCGGGAUUUACUGCUGCCUGAUAGGCUACGGGGGAGCAGACUACAAGCGGAUUACCUUGAAAGUCAACGCUCCCUAUCACAAAAUCAACCAAAGAAUUUCCGUGGAUCCAGUCACCUCUGAACAUGAACUGACGUGUCAGGCUGAGGGUUACCCAGCGGCUGAAGUCAUCUGGACAAACCGUGACCAUCAAAUCCUGCAUGGCAAGACCAUCCUCACCAAUUCCAGCAGAGAGGAGCAGUUUUUCAAUGUGACCAGCACACUGCGCAUCAACGCAACAGCUAGUGAGAUUUACUACUGCACCUUUCAGAGACCAGGUCCUGAGGAAAACAACACAGCUGAGUUGAUCAUCCCAGAACCACCAGUAUUGCUCCCGAAUAAAAGGACACAUGUGGUGAUUCUGGGAGCUGUCCUGUUGUUCCUCAGUGUAGCACUGACAAUCAUCCUCUGUCUAAGAAAAGAUGUGAGAAUGAUGGAUGUGGAAAAAGGUGAAGUCCAAGAGACAGACUCCAAGAAACGAAAUGACACACAAUUCGAAGAGACGUAAAGCAGCCCUGAAACUUUGGAUUUCCAAGCAGGGAUUCUCAGCCAGCGGUUUGGGAGUUCACCAGGGCCAGAGGAAGGAGUGGGCUGGUGGGAUGCAGAAGAGAGUGGAUUUCAAAGACUCACACACUGAAAAUGGCAUCUUGGAAAAGAAGAACCAGAUGAAAAACAAAAAUAGUGGGUUGGUGAGAGAGGCCCCAAAGGAAGUCUUGGUAUGUCAAUGCUACUAAGAAAUAAGAGGUACAUGUGAGGAGGAGGAGCCUUCGUCCCAGGAAGGGGGCUGAGAAUCCCUGACUUAAUGGCCAGUUCUGGCAGAAGGCCCUUGGCCUCUGUCCCAUAAUCUGUGUAUCUCCCACCUGUCUGAGCCGUUCACAAUUGCAACGAUGUUUAAAUAUGUGUUAUUCCUAUUUGUUUUGAUCCUGUGGGGUCUUGUGUGCGCAUGUGAAUGAAAUGUGUGUUUGUGAAUGAUUUCUAUGAAAAGUAUAUUCUAGUAGCUGUUAAAAUUUUGUCACCAAACUAAACUUGCUACUUAAUGGCUUGUUUGAGCAAUCUC